GUAUUUGACAAGAACCAGUAGUAAAAUUUUUAAAUGUUCUUUACUUCUCAAAGCUAUAAUCAUAUGCUGAUAUUUAGAGACCUCACAAGACAAAUUUUCCCUUAAAUUAUGUGAUAAUUUUUCUUUUACCAAAAUAUUUUCAUCAGAAUAUAGAGGCUUACUCAAGGCUUCUCUCAAUGUCUAGGCAUUGGAUUAUUUCUUUAGAUUUGCAGAUAAGUGGCAAGUUUUCUUAGUACAUCUGACUGGUAGGUAACAAAUUCUUCUGUUUUCAUACAUUUGGUAUUUUGCUACACUCACACAAGAUUGACACCUGAAAAGGACCAUUUUGAACUCUGGUUUUCUUUUAUUUUCCAGUAAGAAUUCUAUGUGAAAACAUAAGACUUAGGAAGACUGCUUAUCACACAGCAGCCAUCCUGGCCUUUCUGUACAUAAAAUGCCAGGCUCUCUUCCACCACAGAGCUUUACUUAGCACUUAAGCUCCCUUUUCCUGGAACAGUCUCCAGAUACUCAUGUCUAGCGUUUUGUUGUUGAGGACUCAGCUCAAACCUCCCUUUCCCUGGUAAUCCUAUCUGGCCACUCAGUUUAAUUAGGGAUAAGUGAUUGGAUGUUCUCACCUUGUCAGUUGCUUUCCCAUUAUUUCCUGGUAUUGUGAGGACAUGCUCAAAUUUAAAAGAGAAGCAUCAUAAUUUUGGUUAGAAUCAGGGAAAAAUGGUUUCAGUUGCUUAAGACUGCCAUAUUGGGCAGUGUUAAUGUGUAUUCUGGGUUCUUAUUUUCUGCAAGACCACCUGUUUUAAGUACAUUCCAUAGAACUUGAUCUGUCUACCAAUUGUGCAACUAUGACAAUUCAAUGAGGGUAGAUACCAUUUCCCUAUUCAUGCCUGUAUAAUCCCUGGCAUUGAUUAUUAUUUUGGUUUCUACAAAACAUAUGAACUUAAUGCAAAAGCGGGUGAUUUAUUGCCUCUUGUGUUUGUAAAAACUCAGUAUGUUUUUUUUUCCUUUAAUGAACUAGAUGUGAUUAUUUGACAAGCAGUGGUCAUUAAAAUACUGGAUGUAAUUGUAGGUAACUUGACUGCCUCCACAGAGUAUUAAAAUAUGCUUUUUUUCUCCUUUUCUGAGGAUGAUAAAACAUUAAAUACCUCAAAUAUGACAUGAAGGAUUUAAAAAUCUUUUCCUAGUAGAUGGCAGAUUGUUCUCACAUGUCUAUCAGGAAGUCUGCCAAAAUAACAGUAACCCCCAAGGACAAAAAGAAUAGAUGAGACAACAGAAUGAGAGAUGUCAGCCAGUUUGCAGAAAGCUAAACCAGAUAAAGAAAUGAAUUACGAGACCAAAGAAAGUUACAUGUUAAAUGUCUGCAAGGGAUAUACUAAAGAGACAAACUCACUCCAUAUAGAAUCUGUGAGAGGCUCAAUUUUUGCAGGCGAAAGUUGCCAAGGAAUGGAGGAAGGUGUGGGGCUGGAAACAAGGGAUUCAUUAAAGUCUGUAAGAGCUGUUGAAUGUCCAGGGUGUCUAUCCCACCCUAGGAAUCCAGAUAACUCCCCCAUCCCACAUACAGUUUAUUUUCUAGGUGAAUUGAAGCAGAGAAAUCAGACCCAAAUGAAAGCAGGCAUGUGAAGCAUCAGACAAGGGAAUCAGGUGAAAAUCUAUAUCCUUUACUGAAGUAAUGUCACCAGUCUUACCCCAUCUUGGCCUCAUUAAAUCAGCAUCCAAGGCUUACAUACCGCACAGCCCUCCCCGCAUCCCCCAGUCAAGAUGGGAAGAUUAUUCUCUGAAGAAACCAUGCAGUUCCAGAGAAAAACUCGCUGACAUUUGGGCAUUCUCCAAAGAAUAGGCCAGGUCACUACUACAAUGAAGUCUGUCAACAAACUAUUCAUGCACAAUGCUUUUCAGUGCUUCGCUUUUAAAUAUUGACAGCCAAAGAUAAUCAGACAAGGAAAGUUUCAAACCGAAAAUCUUUUCAGCAUACUUUUUAUGCCUCAUCCCCCAUUAUUUUACCUGGAAAGUAAAAUACUGCCAGGCCUUAGAAUUUACGCCUUAAGAGAAUUUGUUCCAGCUCUGGGAUUAUGAGCAUCUGGGAGGAAAAUUUGAGUCCUAACAGCAGUACCCUCACUAAUGUCCAAAAUCACAUCUUGUCUUGGAAACUAGAAGUGUUACGUCCUGAACUUAACGCUAUUGCUACAAUAAAGCUCUACAGCUCAAAACCUUGACAUUUACCAAAUAUGCAGCCAAACAGCUCUUUUCUAGCAAGUUGCCUAGCAUCACAUAAAUACAUGUUUUCCAAGCCUUUGUAAACUGCCGUGUCCUACCUCUAGAAAAGAGGACAAAUUAAGUCCCACCUGCUCCCGGGGCUCCAGUCCCAGAAUCCUUGGCGAUUUUGCCCGAAAUAGUCUUUCUCCAGCUCCGCAGGCACAGAAUAGCGGCCCUGUCGGCCUCAGGCCUGGCGCCGCGUCCCCAGGCAAGGGAGGGGCAGGACCCGGAGAGGCGCGGCGGGGCGCCUCCUCUGCAGACCGCCUUUCGGGGCUCAGGGACCGCUUGGGUUUCCGAUCAAAAGCAGCUGCCGAUUGUCAUGUAGACGCGCCACCCCCACCCCAGACACACACCCGGUGUUUGUUUGCCUUCCCUAUUUUAAGCUGCUGAUUCUGUAGAUUGACCCUUUGACUCCAGGCUCUAUCAAUCAUCUCGCAUUUUGUGAGAAAUGGGGGAGGAGGGUUUGGCCGAACAGGAAAGCUUUUCUUUUCCCGCCGUGAACAGCGGCGCCGGGAGUCUCUGGCCUUAAUUGCAAGAAUUGAUCGAUAGCUUUCAAUUGCUGUGUUAUAAUUCCUUGGAAGUGCUGAGUUUGCCCGCGCCCUGGGCGCAGCGGGACGCGGUGCGCGCUGGGGCAGCCGCGCGCUAGGCCGGAGGUUAUUCCGGUGCGCGGGGUGGGCGGCCCGCGGCCCGGCCUGAGGUUAAGCGGCUUCUCCGGCCGCGGCGUGCGGGCCGAGGGAAGGCGGCGGGACGCGAGACGCCCAUCCGGAACUCCAGAGGGUUGCCUUCCACGGAGCUCAGCAGAUGAGCGGGCGAACAUGAAGUCCAGUCCUGUCAUCCAAGCCGCCAUUGACCUCACCGCGGGAGCCAUAGGGGGCACAGCAUGUGUCCUGACCGGGCAGCCUUUCGACACAGUGAAAGUGAAGAUGCAGACGUUCCCCGGCCUCUACAAGGGCCUCAGCGACUGCUGCCGGAAGACGUACUCCCAAGUGGGUUUGCGGGGCUUCUACAGGGGCACCGGCCCAGCGCUGAUGGCCUACGUCGCUGAGAACUCUGUGCUCUUCAUGUGCUAUGGCUUCUGCCAGCAGUAUGUGAGGCAAGUAGUCGGACUGGACAAGCAAGCAAAGCUGAGUGACCUGCAGAACGCAGCCGCUGGCUCCUUGGCUUCUGCGUUUGCUGCGCUGGCGCUGUGCCCCACUGAACUUGUGAAAUGCCGGCUACAGACCAUGUACGAAAUGGAGAAGUCGGGGAAAAUAACAAAAAGCCAUAAUACGAUUUGGUCCGUCGUGAAGAAUAUCCUUAAAAAGGACGGCCUACUGGGCUUCUACCAUGGGCUCUCGAGCACACUACUUCAAGAAGUCCCGGGCUAUUUCUUCUUCUUCGGUGGCUAUGAACUGAGCCGAUCGUAUUUUGCCUCAGAGAGAUCGAAAGACGAACUAGGCCCUGUCCCUUUGAUGUUAAGCGGUGGAAUUGCUGGCAUUUGCCUUUGGCUUGUCGUAUACCCAGUGGAUUGUAUCAAAUCCAGAAUUCAGGUUCUUUCCAUGUCUGGAAAACAGGCAGGAUUUAUUGGAACUCUUUUAAGUGUGGUGAGAAAUGAAGGAAUAGCAGCCUUAUACUCUGGACUGAACGCCACCAUGAUUCGAGCCUUCCCCGCCAAUGGGUCGCUGUUUUUGGCUUAUGAGUACAGCCGGAAGAUGAUGAUGAGUCAGUUUGAGACAUACUGAAGUGUCUUGGUGAGCCCUGAUCCAAAUGUAUGCCUUUGAGGACUAUGGUUUAUCUCGGGGCUUCAUGGAGUAUUGGACCAAUUUGGAAUCGUUUUUUACUUCAUGGAGAUUUUGUUUUUGUCUUAUCUUUUUCUACCCUUAAUCUUAAACUUUAUGAAAGAACCUUUAUUUUUAUAUCUUAUAAUUUCUUCCCAUAAUUGUAUUGAAAUAGAAAAGUUGCUGCUCUUGUGUUUGGUGGGAUAUACAGAGUGAUCAGGUGGCCCUAUAUACCUAACCUGAAGGUUAAAUAUACUAUAUUACUGCCUUUGCAUUAACCUGUACAUGUACAUAUACUUUGAAAGUUGGUUAUAUGUGGUGAGCAAAACACAGCUUGGUUCCACGUUUAAUCUUAUAUCACCAGAAUACCCAAGUUAACCAUGUUUCAUGAAGAUGAUUAUAAAUGAUGGCUUAACCCAUUCACAAUGUAGGGUCUCUUUAAAACUCAACAUGUACACUAUACUAGGCAAUUAAAGUUUUUAAAAAGUUCUCAUGUGGUACUUGAAAACCAAAAUACCCAUCUCGAUUUUUAAGAGGAGAAUAUACCUGCAUACUGGUGUGGCUUCCACAUUCUUGAGCUAAAGCUUCAGAGUAGGCAUCCCGGAUUUUCUCAAGAUGCUCUACUUAUAAAAUAGUGCCAUUCAUUUUCAAAGUGGGAUCAGAUUCCACACUCUUAGGUGCAGCCUAAGAGCAUCAGCCCUGUGGCAAGUAAUGCGACCUUCAUCUAUACCAACUUCCCUUCUUCUUUCCCAAAGAGCUUCCCCUCUACUGGGCUUUAGAGUGAGGAAGUGGUUAAGGGAAUGGAGCUAUUGAUCCACUUUGGAUCAUUUACUGUCCUCUCUGCCGCCACCAUCAGAAACCCUUCCAGAAAACAGAGUGCCAAAGCCCAGAGAACCUUUUAUUCCCUGUUUGCUGAUCACGUGACAGUACUUGUGGGUGAAGUCCUCCCCUUUCAAGGCAGAACUAGACACAACUUAGUGCUUACACGCCACAGUGAAUAAGGUCAGCACCCACCCAUCCUGAAAUACACCUCAGUCCGUGGCUCCUUGUCACCCUUUCACCAUGUUGGAAACUUCUAAAUUUCGUACUGUCCGUCAGUGGAUUUUUUGAUGACUGUAUAUGGAGUGUGACUUUACAAAGCAGUGAAACAUAAGAAAAAACUACGUUUAUUAAACUAUGCCGUAUGUAUGUAUAGAUGCACUAACAACAACAACAACAAAAACAAAACAAAACAAAAAACCAUACUGAUCCCCACAGACUUGGUGAUGAACACCUGUUCUUUGGCCAUGUGUUGUAGGAGGGUCAUGCUUGUCACCACUAAAGUAAGCCUGAGCAUUCCUCGCUGCUCGAGGAGCGGCAGGGUCCCUUUCAAAAAGAAGUGUUGUUAGGCAGCCAGUGAAGCAGGAAGCAAGCGGACUAAUAGUCUUAGUAAUAGUCUGCACCAUGUGUGUCUACCACUGUUGACAGGAUAUAAAUCUCCCGUUUCCUUUAGCUUUUUGCUAUAUGUGAAGCCUCUGUGGUAACUAGCCAUAGUGACAGAGCAAGAAGGUCGGGGAAACAAUAUGCGACAAAUUGGAGCUGCAACAGACAUAUGGGGAGGGGAUGCCCAGCGUACCUGGUGUGCUUGAGAGCAGUGCCUGGCAUGCCAUUUGCCUUUUCUUUAAAAGAAAACCAUUUUUUCCAUUUUAUUUUUAAGUUACAUAUACAUUUAAGUUAUAUAUUCCAUAUUUAAAUGGUCAGUAGCUGCUUAGUGGGGCUUCAUCCAAGUAGGCCUGGAUUAAAUCAGGAAAGAGAACAGACCUGGCUUCCAGCAGGAAUUGGACCUCUUCAGCACCCACACCCCUGCCCAGCACCAGUGAGCUUUUCUCAGCCCUGUCGUCAGUAGACCUUUUCACAUAUUGUCUAAUAAAGGUUUGACUAAGUAUCUGCAAUAGAAAUAGUUUGAGGCAAGUAAGAGUGAGUGAGGGGAGGGAAUGGGAACCUAAGUCAGAAGAAUUUUUUCCACUCUAUUUGCUUAACUCAUGGCUUGAUAUUUGGGAGCAGUUUGUACCAUUGCAUAUCUACACUCCAGACAAAAAUAGAGUAACUUGAAAAUUGUAUUUAGAGAAAUCUGAGUGUUCUAUCAUUAAGCUUUUUAGCUAAAUAAAAAUGUUUAUUGAACUCAUACCAUUUACAAUGUAUUGUAUAUUGAGUUCUGGGUAUUCAGACAUUAAUGAUAGCUGCUUUCUGUUCUCAGUAAUCUGACCAUCUAGAUGUUUGUUUUACAGUUAGAAGAAUGAUGUUCUAGAAUAAAAUUCAGAACAAAGUGGCAUGGGCCAUGCUACGCAUGCUGUUUGACAAGGUCCAGUCACGAGGAGUAAUCCUGAAAGCUAGGAAACCUCAUAGCUGGGCCCUGCCAAUUCCUGUACUUAUUUUUGCAGUUAUGAUGUUGGUAAUUGGGCUCAUAUAUGGGAAAUCAUAUGUAUUUAAAACUGAUUCAUCUCUAUUAAUCAACAUAACCCGAACCUUUGAUUGGAAUGGGAAUCAAAACAGUAGUUCCGUGAAUAAGAGCAGCAGUCUAGGCACAACCGUCCCGGCAGGCCGCCCCAAGCAGUUAAAUCAGAACAAACCAAGCUCUUCCAAGAAUUAGAUCCAGCCUGUCCCCAACUCUGCAACAACACAAAUAUGAUGAACGAGGAAUUUCUUACAGAAUUGGCUAAGAAGGAGUUAGGGGAGCCAGGCCGGUGGAAAAGCCCCGGAGUUCCAGUGAAACAGCAAAAUGAAACCAAAAAACACCUAUUAAUUCCUACUGCCCAGGGGCCUCCCCAUGUUGCUUCUAACAUAAGGGGACUACUCUUGUAUCCCCCUAAAGAAAAAAAUUCUAUGGGAAAGAUAGGGAAAUGGCUUUCACAAAUGUCCCAUACACAGGAAUUUAUGAUGAAUACAUGACAAAAUAUUAUAUCAAUGGCAAAGUAGUACGCACAGACUCUGUCAUGUAUGAAAGGAUAAAGAGAAGUAAUAAACCAUACUGCUUACAAACUAAAGAAGAUGCAAAGAUCCAAAAAUGUGGAAUGAUUAUUAUGGUAGAAUAAAAUGUUCAUAUUGUAUAUAAAAAUUAGAUCCAGAUUGUGAGGACAUAGACCUUAAGCUAGGAUGGGGAUGGAUAAUGUUUGAUGUAAACAGAAACCUCAGAGCAUGCAAAUAUAAGUUUAAUAGUUUUAAACAUAUAAUCAUACAGCUUGAAAUUUAUAUAUCCAUUUAACUCUGUAUAACCUUGCACGCUUAAAAGCAGAAUCACAGCCCACACACUGCCACAUGCCAUUUUCCUGCCUAGCACCUAGCAUGUAACCUACAUCUCUGGCCAGAAAGGUUAGGGGAAAGUUAAACAUUAAGUGUUACAAGGAAGCUGUUCAAGGAAAUGAUAACAUGAGCUGGAAUCAUGCAAAAAGUGAAAGGAAAAAACAUUGUAUCAUCCAUGAGCAAAGAAAAUGUUUAACAUUAUGUAAGGCCUAAAAGAUAUAAAAAUAAAGACCCUCCCACUUGAUGUCAGGAGAUGCUUCAACCCUGA